GGUAAAAGCGAAGCUAUGCGGAACCGUUUCUGCAUCGAAGAGAAGAGACAGAGAUAGAGACGGUGUGAAGAGAGAUGGGUUACGUAUUGAGGGUGAGAAUGGCGUCAUUCUUCGCCGGAGCAGCAACGGCGUCGCUUCUGGGAUUCUACGUUCUUUACAAGGAUUACAAGGUUGCCCAUGAAUCCAUUUCUCAACAGGUGAAAGGCCUACAUGAUUCCCUGGAUACAAGGAUCUCUGCUUUGGAAACACUGAAACAAACUGAAGCUUCUCAACCUGCGCAGGCAACAGAGUAGAUGUCUUGGGGCAUUCUACUAGUUCUCACCUCAAACAUGUUUUUUCUAUUUAUGCAAUCAAUUUCCAUGUAGUUUUUCCCCCAUCUUAAAAAAUAAUUAUUACUUGAGAUUCCCUGUAUGAAUUGCAACAAUCAGUUGACAAGAUCAACCUGAAAACACGAGUUUGCACUUUUUC